CAUCCGCGAAGGACGCCAUGGACUCACUCGUGCGCGCGAGCGCGUGUGAAGGAACGCGCUCUGCUGUUGGUGCGUCUCUAAGGCGACGCGGGCCGAGGCGCAAGGCGACAUGGAGGCGAACGCGAGGCCGGACCCCCGCGCGGGGAAGCGGGCGCAGCUCAGCGGGACGGACCGCGGCCCGCAGACCGGAACCCUCCUCAGCAGCUGGACCCCCCUGAGCCACCGGGCGGGCAACGUGCAGUUGUUUGAGGAGAGGAUCCACCUCGUGCUGCACUGGUUCGACCUGUGGACCUGUGGACAGAGGAAGCACCUGUUGCUCGCUCUGCUCACUCGCUGCACCAAGUCCCAGCUCAGGCACUGCAAGGAUUGGCUGGUGGAGGCGGUGCCGGCGACUCGAGCCGACUUCACCUCGGUGCUCCCGCGCUUCCUGUCCCUCCACGUCUUGUCCUUUCUGUCCCCCCGGGAGCUCUGCUCCGCCGCCCAGGUCAGCUGGCACUGGAGGGUCCUCGCAGAGCAGGACUGCCUGUGGGCCGGCCGCUGCAUCUCCAGAGGCUGGUUCCUUCCCUACACUCCGGUGGAGAAAGAGUACGGAGCGUGGAAGAGCCACUACGCCUCCUGCGUCUCCACGCUGGACUGGCUCACCCCCAGGGAGGACGCCGAGCGCUACGGGACCCUCCCCGAGACGACAGAAGAGGAGGAGGAGGAGGAGGAGGAGGAGAGGAGGAAGGAGAGGAGGGUCAGACAGAUGAUCAGAGACAAACUGAAAGAGGAGAAGAAACACUCUAUGAGAAGCAGGAAAGCCUGGGGCAGCUACACCAAGCCAGAGGGAGCCGCAGGGGGAAGGAGUCAGACGUGGAGGCCCAUCUCUGGAAGGACGUCUGUCUCUUUGCCCACUCUGUCCUGGCCUCAAAGGACUGUGGGGUCCCCCAUUGUGUGUCUGAGCCUGGACAGGGGGCCGCCCGAUGCUGCCCCCCACAGCCGGCUCAGAGGCCAGGCCUCCCAUCCUCACAGUGAACGACUGAGCAAAGCCAGAGGAGCGCUGUCCUCCUUCACCAGCGGACCUCCACCGGCACACGUCUACGUGACGCCUCCUGCCCUCUUACUGCUCAUCUCCAACAGAACUCCGGCCUAUGAGUUGGUGCUGAGUGGCGUGAAGGCCGGCGUGGUCGUGGUUCUGUACGACCACAGAGGGACUCUCCCGGCUUUGUUAGCCCAGGUGAAGAGGACCCUUUCUGGGCAGAGAGCCCAGAGGCUGGGCCUGCUGGCUCCAGGAGGAACAGAGGAAGUCCAUCUGCUCCGUGGUUGUAGCCUCUCAGAGAGGACGCUACUGACCCCGGACCAGAAAGAAUUCUGGCAAAAGCUGUGUGGCUGGGUGGCACCAACUGGGGAAGGUGGAGGGAUUGACAUCUUCUGCGCGCUGGCUGCAUCUGCAUCGGGCCUCGCUCUCAUGCAGGCUCUCUCUUCCCUGACGGGUCUGGAGGUUCUAGCGCCGAUGGGUUUUGCCACCGGAAGUUUCCAGAACAUCCUGAGCGAGUGGUCUGACGGCGCAGUGCGCACCGGACUCUCGGAGCAGCCGGCGGCCUCCCCGGCGCUGCAGUUUGUGUGUGAGGGCGUCCUGCAGGGCUGGUGCAGACAGGCCCAGUGGAUGGAGGAGGCUCUGGGGGAGCUGAGAGGCUGCCGGGGGCCGCACUUACAGCGCGUCAGCCUCCAGGCCCGGGGCCGCGCGCUGGGUCAUUUUCUUUGGGAGAAGAUCUGCCUGGAGGAGCUUUGCGUGUCCAAAGAUCUCAGCGAGGCUCUGACAGAGGGACUCACUGCUCUCACAACACAGGAAGAGACGAGAACUCUGGAGUUUCUUGCCAGGUUCCUGAUAAGAUGGAGUGAGGAGAAGGAGGUAGAAGAGACCGGUGGAGGAGAAAAGGGAGGAAACAAAGGAUUGGAUUUCUCAUUUGAGCUUCACGACUCAAAGAAAUGUGUCGGCUUGGUACCUGAGCUCCCACAGAUGGUGUUCGAUUGGAGAGGUGCCGCUGCCAGAGAGCUCCACCACAGCGAGAGUCUUUAUUUGGGGCGGCUGGGCGCUGUGCUGAAGGUGUACCACGAGCCGCUCACAGCUGCUCUCAACUCCAACAGAGCCAUCCUCAGCUCCGCUGACAUCCACACCGUCCUCAGCCCUGUCACACGAGUACUGGAGCUCAACAGUGCGUUCCACGCAGAUCUACAGGCCCGGCUGCAGCAGUGGGGAGCAGAGCAGCGUGUUGGAGAUGUGCUCUUAAAACUGUGCUCAAAACUCAGAGUCUACACCAACUACCUCAACAAUUACACCACCGCCCUGAUGACCGUGGACAAGUGCAGGGAGACGAAGCCUCUGUUCCGGGCCUUCCUCAAGAGGGUGGACAGAACUCUUGCAACACACAUGCUGAGUCUGCAGGAGCUUCUGCUGUGUCCAGCCUGGAGGAUUCAGGAGUACGUGACUCUGCUGCAGGUGUUGUCUUCACACACGCACACCAACCACCCCGACCACACACCCCUCUGCUCGGCCCUCGACACCCUGCUGGCAUUCAGGGAGUUCAUACAGAAGUUGAAGCGUAACUCUGAGAGGGACAGCCUGAUGGAGGAGACGCAGCAGAUGAUCCAAGGCUGCCCGAGCCUCAGUGAAGGGAACAGGCAGCUGAUGAUAACGCAGGAUGCUGCUCUGCUGAGGAGCUCUGAUGAGCAGAUUCCUGAGUCGCUCAGGACCUACGAGCAGGUGUCCGAUGUGGGCCUGUUCCUGUUCAACGACGCCCUGGUGGUGACGCGGCGGGCCGUGCGCCACGUGGCGUUCGCGCCGGCCCAGCGGAGCGCGCACACGUUCCUGGCCUCGGUGGCUCUGUGCAGCCUGGCUGCGAGGGAGCUCGUGCACACCCGCUACGUGCGCCACGCUUUUGUCCUGGAGGGUCCGUCGCGUUCUUGGGUUUGUGCCACAGAAAGCGGCGAGGAGAGAGAGCACUUCCUGUCCGUGCUGCGUUCGGCCGUGAGCGCUGCUGCGACUCGACACAAGUGACCACGGCGAGACGAGAGGAGGCUUCUAUUCAAGUCACCACGCGAUGUUAAUACGAACCUUGAAAGGAUUCAGAUUGCAGUUUAAAAUAUUAGCAGAUAUGACGGGAUCAGCAGCAAUAACUGAUUGUGAUACGAUCGUUUUGCAUUUACAAUAUUUUGAAAAAAGUAGAUUUUAGAAAAGUAUUUUGUCACUUUUUCACUUCCCUGCUCUUUAUUAGCAGAGCAAGGUGCAACCAGUGACAGUAGAGUACUUUAUUUUCUUUAUUACAUACAUUCACACAUCUUCUGUUACUGCUCCCGUCGUAAAAUAACCUACUUUUAUGUAUCUAUUCUUUAACACAUCAUUGUUUAGAAAAAAGCUAAAUGAAUCCCAAAGCUCUGACAGUCAGGCUGAUGUUGCCCGUGGUUUCGGCACCGUGAGCCUGUUGCUGCUGAAUUGCUUUGGAUUUUAGUUCUUUGUGUUGUGUUUGCAGUUUCCUGUUUUGUCUUGUAUGUCUUUCACGGUGUACUUACUGUAAACUGGGUUUUCCUUGUAUUCACAUCACGUAUUCAUUCAUGUAUUCAUUCAUUUGAUAAUAAACCGGUAACAUUA